AUUUGAUGCACUCUUGGGCAAGUGUGUUUACUAACUAAUGAUUAACAAAAAGAUCUUUUCCUGACCCAAAGGUUGAUUUUGAAAUCAUUAGUCUUCUCCCGCAUUAACAAUGCGCCUAGAAUGUUCUUUAUAUACGUUCUCGAUUUUUGUUUUGCUCUUUCCUCAAAGCUGGAAUCAUCAAGAAACAUUCUCUGAGACAAAGGAUCUUUCCAUUGUCCUUGGAUCUUCUGUCGAGUUGCCAUGUACGAACGGAUCCGAAUGGAGACAUAACGGAUCAUUCCUAGUCUUGAGUCCUGCUCUCCACUUGCACAACACCAGCCUUGACGAUCAGGGCUUCUACACGUGCCACAACUCAAACGGAGAAGUCCUCAAAACAGUACGACUGCAGCUGGGCUAUCCUCCGUCCAAACCAGACGUCCACUGCUGGUCACCGAGUUACCCCAUGAAAGCCCUGUGCUCAUGGACUCUGCCUCACAACCCAAUACUGCCGACCUAUUACAUCUCCACCUAUGGGCGUCUUGACGACACCUUUUCGUGCCAGAGACCAAGCGAACAGGACAGGCAAUGUGUUCUGGAGGACCUGGAGCUUUAUUCCAAUGUGCCAUACCUGGUUAACAUCACAGCUGUCAACGCUCUUGGGAGCUCAAGCCGCCUCCUGCCUGUCAUUUUCGAGGACAUUGUGAAGCCUGACCCCCCUGUCGACGUGAAGGCGACGGCUUUACCAGGCAAAAAGCUUCACGUGCAGUGGGCUCCUCCGCCAUCAUGGCCAGAUCCUGUAAACUUCCCCCUGAAAUACAAAGUGCAGUUCCAGUGGGGAGACACAGCUAAUAUUAUGGGUCCUAUCGAGUUGGAAAGCAUGGUUCGGAGUGGAGUAAUGCCUGGACGGACGUAUCAUAUCCGCGUAUCUGUUAUGGACCUCCUGGGUAACGGUCAGAGCAGCGAGUGGAGUGACACCGUCAACAUAACUAUGCCCAGGAGUUGACACUAAACCCUAUUUAGAUACAAAAUACGUCAACAAAGAAUGUUUUUACACCAGCAGUUUGAAUUUCCCGAUCGCACAAGAUCUGUUUAAAGCUAUACAAUCGAAUAAAGCUUUAUCAGAUCGGCAAAUUUGUGUAAAAUAAAUCAG